AUGAUCGAUUUGCUGAAGAGAACUCAGCUCCCUUCCAACGACUUGGAAAUUGCUGUUGAUAGCAGAAAUGUCACAACGAGCACCGGGACAUCUCUAUCCAAAAUUGAGAGUCUCCGUAGUCAAUGGUUGCACAAUUUUGACUGGGAAAAGGAACAACUUGAACUGAACCGGUAUGAACACUUUACGACAAUUAUCGAAGGUCAAACAAUUCACUUCAUCCAUGAAGUCUCUCAUACGCAGAACUCGAUCCCCCUCAUCCUACUUCACGGCUGGCCAGGAUCUUUCUUGGAAAUGAUACCUGUCAUUAAUAAUUUGACUCUAAAGAAUCAGAAUUACAGUGCCGGGUCUAGCCAGACUUCGUUCCACGUUGUCAUCCCCUCUCUUCCGGGAUUUGGGUUCUCUUCACCUACACCAAAGAAUUGGACCAUAGACGACACCGCACGUAUAUUCAACACACUCAUGCAGGAGGUACUGGGUUAUAACACUUAUGCAGUUCAUGGAUCUGACUGGGGCGCCUUUAUUGGAUGGUCAAUGUAUAAUUCCUACCCAAACUCUGUUCGUGCCACUCAUAUGGCACUAUUCCCAGAGCUACCUUUACUACCGGACCAGUUGGAAGCAGAUAAUAUAACACUUUCCGAAGAUGACUUAUUCAGCGAACAACUUUGGGUCGACAAUUCUGUUGGUGGUAGUGCGUAUGCAAUCCAACAAAGAACCAAGGUAAGAUCGCACCUGACUUUACAAAUUCGCAGAGCUGUAUUCCUCAUCGCCGCUUUUAGCCAAACACGAUUGGCCUGGCUUUGUACGAUAACCCUGUUGGCCAACUUGCAUGGAUUUCAGAAAAAUACAUCGAUUGUGAGAUACUCCAGCUUUUCUUUUAUUUUUUUUUAUUGA